AUGAAGAUCAACUUCUUAACAACUGGCUGUUCAAAGAUAACAUUUGAUAAUGUUAACAAAGAUGAUACAAUCGAUUCAUUAAAGCUUCGUUUGUUCAGAGAACACUCUGACCUAUUGCCACAGCCAACCACUGUAUUUGAAUCACCUCCACCUCCUGUAUCUGCAGUGGAUGCAAUGCAGGUUGACAACAAACCACAACCACAACAAUCACAACAAACACAUAAUAAUGAAGAGGAUGAGGAUGUAGAGAUGAAGGAUCACACCAACUUGCCCGCUCAAAUACUUCAUCCAUAUCAGAUACGUCUGAUAUUCAAUGGCAAGCAACUUGAGAAUCUGUCCACUGUGGAGGACAACAACAUUGCUGAUGAUGUCACCUUGUUGGUGGCCGCCUCGCCCUUCUACCUUCUAAAGGGCCUGAUCAAUGCCGAUAAGAAGGAGGCCUAUUCCACCAGUGACAAGAUAUUCACUGGUGCCAAGGUGAACGAUCGCGUUGGCUACGUGCUCUGCGUCGACGACCAGGUGUCCGACACAUCGUUCCAGUUCUCCAAGCUCGAAGCCCUCACACCAAAGGAGGCCUCUGACCUGCUUGUCAGGAUGCCCGCGCUCGAAGCACCACCAACCAAACAGGACAACUUCAAGAUGUAUCAGUCCAAGCGACCCAGUGAGUCCUCGGGCUUCUUGUCAUCACUUCUUGGUGGCCAUAAGAAGGCCAGCUCUGACACAGACUCUGCAUCCAACCUACAUGUUGAGUUUGAUUCAUUGUCGCUGGCACCUCAGCCCAAGCGUGAAGAGGCGGCACGCAUCCCAAUCGUCUACCUCACCAAGACACCCACUGGCUCCAACGUCUAUGUACAUCGCAUCCAAGUCGUCUUCAAUCGUCCUUUCAUCCCAUUGGCUGCCACACUCUCAGAGUUGACCGUGCCCUUCCAGCUCGAGCCUCAAGUCCCCGGCGCCAAGUGGCACUGGAUCGAUGGUGUCACCUGUGUCUGCUCCAUCGACAUGGCUCUGGCCGCAUCAGAUCGCAAGUUUGCUCAGUCCACCACAUACACAAUCACACCACUUCUGGACGUCUUUAGAUCGUACGAUCCAGAGGUCACUCAAUCAGAGAUUGGCCAACCAUGGACAUUCGAGACGUGCACACAAUUGCCAACAUUCGGUGGCUUCAACAACAAUGUAGAGAAGCCUCAGCUCUUUAUCACUCUGUCUCAGUCACUGCCCGAGUCACAACGUGCCACACUGGACAAGUUGAUCACAGUGCGAUCAAAGGGUACCAUACCCUACAACACUUCUUUCAAGCUGCUUGCCCAUGAUGACGAGCUGGUCAGCAAGACAAUCCAAGAAAACAUCCGUAUGCUCUCGCCCGACAAGGUCAUCAUCAUUGCUUUGGAACAAUCACUGAAGCACAAGUCCAAGUAUGAGGUCAACAUUGCCAAGGGACUAAAGUCCACUGAAGGACCAUUAAUGACCACUACCGUGACCAAGAUUGAGUUUAAUACACCAGACGUAUUCUCAAUCCUCAAGGUCAGAGCUCAGAAUGGAUCAGAGGGCACUCAUUUGAUUGUUGACUUCAAUCAGAGUGCUGGAAAGUUGAGCACUGCUGAGGUACUGGCAGACGGUCAUGUUGAGGUCAUACCAAAGGUUGUUGGAUUUGAAUUGAAGUGCCAUCAGUACUCAUGGAGAAUCAAUGGUGACUUUGACCUGGACACUGAGUACAAAGUCAAGUUCAGAGACAUCAAGAGUGAGAGUGGUUCAACCAUUGCCAAAGACUCCUACACUGCCACCUUUGAGAAAGAGAAGGCAUCAAUCACUGUCAACGAUCAAUCAUGGACAAGGAAGUACAACUUGGAUCCUCUCACAAGACCUUACUUCCAAGUAACUACCAAGGCAGUAUCAUACUUGAAGGUAGCAGCGUAUGCUAUGAGACCAAAUCAAUAUAGUCACUAUGCCAAUGGAUACAAUGAUACACCAUUGUAUGGUGGCAAGGAGACUCCUAUGCAAUUCAAGGAUUUGAAGUUGAUCAAGACAAAGGAGGUCCAGAUCCAGAAGAUUCCAAAGAAGUCCACAGACACUGUGCUUGACCUCAGUGACUUCUUUGGCGGCGAGACACCAAUGUUUGCCAAGAACAGUCUCAUCUUGCUCUACUUUAGCACGACAGUCAACUCCAAGCUCGUGCAGACCACCAAGAUACUCCAGUACACGCCAUUCAUCAUCAAUGUCAAGAAGACUGCAUCGGACUUUAUCGCAUGGGUGACCAACACGACGACCAACCAGGUUGUCCAGACACCAUUGAUCGAGGCCUACAAUGAGACCUUGAACUCUGAUCCCAACCUCUCUGUUGUCGGACACAAUGGUGCUGUGGUACUUCAAACCGACGACAAGAAACCGAUUGAAUUGUUGACGGCAACAGUCACCAUCAACAAGGUCAAGUACACCACUAUGAUGCCCAUCUCACUCAGGCACACCAAGAACACGAGCGACAAGCCUGUGUGGCACGUGAUCGACGACCUGGGAAUGUACCGUCCAACCGAGACGGUCCACGUGCACGGCAUGCUGCGUAUGGUCGACGAGGACGGCAUCCAGACGCCUCUCGAAUACUUUGGCGACAACCAGAUCAAGUUUGUCAAGUACACCCUGACCGACACCAGAAAGAAGGAGUUCUUCAAGGACACCGAGGUCAAGAUCAACGAGCUGGGCAGCUUCCAGCUUUGCUUCAAGUUGCCUGAGGAUAUCAACUUGGGAGACUGCCGCCUGGCACUGUCAUGCACCAACGGCAGCGUUACCCAUCGCCACGAGCACACUGUUCGCGUGUUGGAGUGCAAGAGGAAGGAGUACAACGUCGAGGUAGACGUGCGCAAUGCCAACAAGGUUCUACAGUGUGGCGAGCCAUUCUACGUGGAGACUGUGGCCAAGACAUUCACUGGCGAGAUCAUGGCCAACACCAUGGUCGAGUACAAGAUCCAGAUCGACGAGUAUACGCCCACACUGCACACUGGCUUCCAGUUCAACAGCCAAGAUUCAAUGUAUGAGCCGGGCGAGCAUGAGUACGUGUCGAAGCGCAACCCAUCUGGCAAGCACCAACUCCGCCUCGUCCUCCAGGACUCUCUGUUCCCCGUGCGCGUCAAUGUCACGGGCACAAUCAAAGACCUGACCAACGUGUCCGAGUCCUUCAGCAAGGCGUUCAAUGUACAUGGCCAGUACCGUUACUUUGGAAUCUCGAGCAGGAAGGAGGCCUUUGUCAAUGCCAACGAGCCAUUUGAGUGUUCGCUCGUCGUCGUCAAGUCCAACGGCAAGAUGCAAAGCGAUGGCAAGAUCAGGGUAGACAUCAAGCAGGUGCCAUGGGACGAAGAGUUGCCACCAUUGAAUGUGCACACCGGCGAGAUCGUCCCCUCCAAGACUGAGCCCACUGUGUUUAAGCACGUGUUCCCCAACCGCGGCGCCUACAACCUCAAGUUUGUGUACGAGCGCGUUGGUCAGCCCAACCAGACAUUCACCUUCCCCCUGUUUGUGCUGGGUGAGCAGACCGCCACAGAGAAGGAGUACCGCGACACCAUUGCGCCAAUCGUCAAUGCAUCGACGCCAUACUUUGGCGCGCCAGCUGGCAACCCUCUCACAAACAAGUUCAAGACAGACUUGAAACUCACAUUGAAGGACGACGUGACCACGCCAAAGAUUGGCGAUACCAUUGAAAUGCUGUUGACGACCAAGUUGACUCGUGGCACUGGUCUGGUUGUACUCUCCAAGGACAGGACGAUCAUGGCAUCCAAGCCAUUCCAGUUUGAGAAUGGCGAGUUCAAACACCAGCACCUGGUAACAAAGGAGCACUUCCCAGCUGUCAACAUUUCGUUCUUUGUCGAGGGUGUUGGCUCAAUCACCUCGGACGGCCUGUCGGUUGAUCGUUUCGCCUGUGGCCAUUUGUCCAAGGACAUCAAGAUAUCCAGGGAGGACCGCGAGCUCAAGGUCGAACUGCUGCCAUUCCGCAAGUUCCAGACGCCUGGCCAGGACAUCACGCUCAAGUCACGUGUGCUUAACAACCAGGGCAAGCCAGUAUCCAAUGCCGAGGUGAUGUUGAUCGUUGCCGAUGAGUCUUUGCUCAAGCUCUCGAGAAAGACCAUCAAGGACUGGAUGCCACUGAGCGAGUUCUACUCUCGUCGCCAAUUGAGUGGCGAGACCUGCUUUACAGCAAUCGACCAGACAUUGUUCUACAGACCAAUCGAGAAGAAUGAGGUCGUCCCAAUGGUUGCCUCCACCCUGGCCAUCACCGUGCGCUACCUUUCUGGCCGUGUCAUCCAGAUGACGCUGCCACCCUCUGCCAACCUGGACGAGGUGAGAAAGGUGGUGCUGGCCCGUGACGGUCUACCAUUCACCAACCAGCGUAUCUUUUACAAGAACAAGCAGUUGGAGUGUGGCACUCUCGAGGAGAAUGGCAUCACCACCGACGCCACUCUCAACCUGCUCAUCCGUCUGUCUGGAGGUGGUGACGAUGGCAAGGAUGAGAUCUUGGACAACCUGCCUGCCCUCAACCUGCUAAAGGUGCGUGACAACUUCAAUCCACGUGCUACCUUCCAGGCCAACAUGUUCACUGACGACAAUGGAGAGGUGUCAUUCGAUUUCAAGCUUCCAGACAACCUCACCAAGUACCGUAUCAUGUUGGCUGCGAUGACCAGCACAUCAUUUGGCACGACCGAGGAGUUCUUCACGUCCACACUGCCAGUGAUGAUCAGACAGAGUCCACCAAGAUUCCUCAACUACAACGAUGAGUGCACAUUCCCCGUCAUCAUCCAGAACAUUGUCGACUUUGAUGUAGAGGUGCAUGUGGCCUUCCAGACCACCAACUGUCUGUGCGAGGAGAGCGGCUACAAGGCUGUGAUCCCUGGCAACUCGAGGAUCAACGUACCACUCAGAGUGCGCGCAAUCACACCAAACAGCACAUCAGUGGUGCACGUGGCAGUGUCAAGCAAGGUGAUCAAUGCACCUGGCAUCACUGCCGAGUUCACUGAUGCAGUCAAGUUUGACUUCCCAGUGCACUCACCAUCAUGUGUCGAGUCCAAUGUGAUCAACCAUAUCUCCACCAAGAAGAACCAGGUCAUCAAGCAAGCAGUCAAGUUUAACAACUGGCAACAACUGGAUCAAGAGAUUGGAGGUAUAACCGUCAACCUCUCAUCCACUACCUUUACAAAGUAUUCAGAGUCCUACAAGUAUCUCUUGGAUUACAAGUUGGCUUGCUCAGAACAAAUAUCAAGCAAGUUGAUGUGUUUGGCAGUGUUGAGGAACAUGCCAGAGUUGUUGGAGAAGGAUAUCAAGUUUGAUGAGAAGAAGGUGGAUGAGACGAUGAAGGGAAUGUUUGAGCAAUUGCUAAAGAGACGCAAUGACGAUGGAUCAUUCAAGUAUUGGGACAACUCGACCAACACUUAUGAAUACGUCAAUCUCUAUGUGUACUGGGUGUUGCUCUCACUCGAGGACAUUGGAGUGGAAGUACCCGUCAAGCUAAUGGCCAAGUGCAAUAAGUAUCUCGGCACCUUUAUCGACUCGUUCGACCUCGAGUCCAAGCAGUACAAGGCCGACUCCCACACCUACCUCGCCAAGAUGGCCUUUGCAUGCUACAUAACCGAGCGCUACACAGUCGGUGUGACUGCCGACGUCCAGGAUGUUGCCGACUCGAUCAUCAAUGACUCUUGCCUCAAGGACUACCAGUCUUGCAAGUACUUGGAGAUCGUCGCCUACUUGCUGCCCUUCUAUCUGCCCAACACCAAGAUCCUCACCAAGUUGGAGAACAACCUCACGAUCACUGGCACCAUGGCCUAUUUCAACACUGGUGAGAUGGAUGGCAUCUACUCAAGCACACGUGGCAACUGUCUAUUGAUCCAAUCGAUCGACCAGUACUUCAGCGACAGCCACCUUCUCCCCAAGCUCAUCAGUGGCCUAGAGACCAAGUUCAACACUGACCGAUGCUGGUACAACACGCAGGACCAUGCCUACAUCCUGCACACUGUCUAUCAAUACUUUUCCAAAGAGGACAAGCUGUCCCAGAAGUUCAAGGCACAGGUCUACCUGAACGACCACACACUCUAUGAGCAACCGGUCAACCUGUCGCAGGAGUCGCCUUUCCACUCCACCUUCAUCCCCAUGAAGACAUUGAUCAAGAACCAAGGCGAGAUCUUUAUUGAGAAGCAAGGCAAGGGAGACUUGUUCUACUCAUUCAUCUUUGACUAUGCCUCGUUGAACCAGUUCUACAAGUCAGUGUCUGGUCGUGGCUUCAUGAUCAAGAGGACAUUCCUGCCACUUGGCAAGCCUGACGACGUUCAAUACUCAGUCGACGCCAACACUCAGAUCACAACAUGCACAAUCAAGAGUGGUGCAAGGAUCAAGGUCAAGGUGGACAUUGAUGUGGAGCAUGCCUGCAAGUUUGUUGUGAUUGAGGAUCGUCUGCCAGCUGGUCUGGAGCCCACCAACGUCACACCAUACCGUCACUAUUGGUAUGACCAUAUGAACCUUCGUGACAAGGGAGCUGAAGUGUUUGCCGACAACCUCUACCGUGGCACACACUCAUUCACCUACAACGUCGUGGCCCUCUGUCAUGGUAACUACAUCUGUCCACCAGCCAAGAUCGAAGAGAUGUAUUGUCCAUCAACAUUUGGUCGAACAGAUACAAUCAUUGUAAAGGUUAUCUAA